CCUAAUCAAGUCAUCUCCUUCUAACCUACACGGAGGAGGGCACACGAUGACGGCGCCCGCCUGAUUCUGUUAAUGCACGGUUAAGUGUUUGACGUGGGUUUUACGGGAUCGUCGCGGGUGUCGUCCGUUGGGUUGCGCCGAUGGCGAACGCCGUCGGGGCUGUGGUUUCCAACGGCCGCGAGAGUGGCGAGGGCGGCGGAGGACCGGGAGGGGGGCGCUCGCCGCGGUGGACCAGGCAGGAGAUACUGGUGCUGAUCAAGGGGAAGCGCGCGGUGGAGAGCCGCGGAAGGGUGCGCGGGCGGGGCGGCGGUGGCGUAGGGGGUGGCGGGGAGGUGGGAACGGUGGAGCCUAAGUGGGCAUCGGUCUCGUCCUACUGCCGGCGGCACGGCGUGAAUCGAGGUGCGGUGCAGUGCCGGAAGCGGUGGAGCAACCUCGCCGGCGACUUCAAGAAGAUAAAGGUGUGGGAGGCGAGCGGAAAAGAGUCGUUUUGGACGAUGAGGAAUGAUCUGCGGAGGGAGAGGAAGCUGCCGGGGUUUUUCCACCGGGAGGUGUACGACAUCCUCGACGGGGCGGACUUGCCGGAAUCGGAAGCGGAGGUUGAGCCGGCUGCGGAAGAGGACGACGGUAAGAAAGGGGACGGACUGACACCGCCACUCGACAGCAGGCCGACAGAGACCGAGGAUGGAUCCUUCUCGGAGGAGGAGAAGGAGGCAGAGGAAGAGGAGGAAGAUGAUCCAUCGCCGCCACCGCAGCCUGUAGCAGCUGUGCCAAUCUCCGAGAAGAACUGCGAAUCAUCUGGACAAGAGAGAACUGACUCUGAUGAAGCUAUGGCAACGGACAAACAGCAUGCUCAGAACCCUGAGAAGGGCUCCCCGUCACAUGAUGGCCAUAAGCGGAGACGAAUAUCACCAGAAGGAGAUGAAGACGAUGAUCUGCAGACUAGACUGAUCAAAAUUUUAGACCAGAACAGUAGAAUGCUGACGGCACAACUAGAAGUUCAAAAUCUCAAUUUCCAAUUGGAUCGAGACGAGAGGAAAGAUCAAACAAAUGGUCUGCUCAUCGUCUUCGACAAACUAGCUGAUGCUCUUGGCAAAAUAGCUGAUAAGUUAUAACUAUGAAUUAGAUACUGGCAUGUAAAAUUUUCAACUUUUUUCUAGAGUGAUAAGUUUUUCAAGUAGCAGGAAUAGGAUGUUUUAGAGUGAUAAGUUUUUGGCUCAAUCAUAUGCAUUCUUAAUGCUGUUGUUCCUUUGUAGAUCUAUAGCCAUUGUCAAU